AUCCCUCUGCAUUGUUAAAACAUUUUCGUUAUGCACGGCGAUGCGGUACAGAGCUCAAUUUGGCCACUGUGUCUCAAGAGGCUCGGCAAUUGCGUCACACCAUCCAUACCGCGACUCCGACCACCUUUCGGAUCAAGCAUACAUUUUAUUUUACUGCGUCACCAUUUAGACCCAUGGACCGUGACUGGUUCUCUUCAUUUCUUUCUUAAAAAUAUUUCAACAGGUAAUAAGGAUGUAACUAUAGGACCUACACUUUUUUCCUUUCCCACUAUACUGUAUCUGAGGGAGAAUGGCUGAAGACAAACAUCAUGGACAGGGCAUAUUAUCUUACAUGGAAGUCCCAUGACUGUCACCACGGGUGCGUUCAAGACAAAGUUGAUUUCCAGUGUGUAAAUGGAGAGUUGAGGUAUAUUAAGCAAUUGUAGCCUACAUUUGCAUGCAUCUUUAUUAGUGUAGAUGAGCUGUCCACAACUUUCACAAUUUGUCUGGAAUUCAAUGAAACACUGCAAGAACGAAAUAUUGCACACAAGUCUGUUACUACUGUGGCAACAGCAAUUACUUCAUAAAACAUGUAUUUGGUAGAACAACGUGACUGAAUUCGGUUUGGAUUUGCAUGGAUUUGGGUGUAAACUAUAACAGUAUGUCAGGUUUUGAGAUUGGCUUCAACUCAAAUUAGGGAAUCAAGGGAAAAAAAAACGGUAUGAAGGCAACUGUAUGGGCAUGGGGAGUUAUUUUACCUGGACAAAGGUCAGCUUUAUGAGGGCUUCUGGGUGGACCGAGUGGCCAAAUGGACUUUGGAAGAGAAGAGGCAACAACAACAACCACAAUAUACACAACUCCUAAGCGCUCCAUCUGCCGGACAAUGUACGACGAAAAUGAGGACUUCUCUGAUGUUGAAGAAAUUGCAAAUGUCAGGGGUUUUAAUCUGGAGGAGAAACUUGUUAGCAAUUCGUACAACAGACAUUUCGUUCAGUUGAUGGACGGCAAAGAUUUCACUUAUGAGUAUGUUCAAAGAGAAGCACUUCAGACCCCUCUUAUUUUCAAAGCCAAAGAUGGACUGGGGCUCAGAAUGCCAGACCCGGAGUUCACCGUCAGUGAGAUUAAGGGUUUGGUUGGUAGCCGUCGUGCCGUUGAUGUGAUGGACGUGAGCACUCAGAAAGGCUCUGAGAUGAGCAUGGCCCAGUUUGUCCGCUACUAUGAGACGCCUGAGGAGGAGCGGGACAAACUCUUUAAUGUUAUCAGCCUGGAGUUCAGCCACACCAAACUGGAGAACCUCGUCAAGAGGCCCACUGUGGUGGAUCUAGUGGACUGGGUGGACAACAUGUGGCCCCUUAAACUGAAACAAAGACAAACUGAAGCCACUAAUGUCAUCUCAGAGAUGAAGUACCCCAAAGUACAGAAGUACUGUUUGAUGAGCGUGAAGGGCUGCUAUACUGACUUCCACAUUGAUUUCGGGGGCACGUCUGUGUGGUAUCACGUGUUCAAGGGAGGAAAGGUGUUCUGGCUGGUGCCUCCGACACCUCAUAACCUUGCACUGUAUGAGGACUGGGUUCUGUCAGGCAAGCAGAGUGACGUCUUCCUGGGAGAUCGUGCAGAUGGCUGCCAGAGAGUUGAGCUAAAACAGGGCUACACCUUCUUCAUCCCCUCUGGCUGGAUUCAUGCAGUCUACACCCCCGAGGACACACUGGUGUUCGGAGGCAACAUUCUGCACAGCUUUAACAUUCCCAUGCAACUCUCAAUCUAUGAGAUAGAGAACAGGACUAAGGUUCAUUCCAAGUUCCGCUACCCGUUCUACAAUGAGAUGUGCUGGUAUGUCCUGGAGAGGUACGUGCACUGCCUGACCAAGCGCUCCCAUCUCGCUCCGGAGUUUCACAGAGAUCCUCUGCUAAUCGAUUUGGAGACGAAGCUGAGCACUGAGAGCCCCUCCUCUGACUCGCGGAGUCAGGACAUGGACGAGGAGGACUCCUGCGAGACGCAGCAGGAACAAGAUGAACGGAGUGACAGGUCAGCAUUUGAUGACCCUUGCUCUCCUGAUAACAGGAAGGGUAAACCCAGCGCCCCUCAGCCUCUUAAAGCUGCCUUGGAUGAUAGCUGCAUCCCCACCUCCAUCCAGCCUCCAGAGCUCCCCAAAACCCCCUCUGGUUCACCAGGCUCAGAGUCUCAGAGUAAAUGGACUCAUUUGACUGAGUUUGAACUGAAGGGCCUUAAGGCCCUGGUGGAGAAGCUGGAAGCACUCCCCGAAAAUAAGAAAUGUGUCCCAGAUGGCAUGGAGGACCCCCAGGCCCUGCUUGAUGACAUGAAGGUUGUCUUGAAGGAACAUGAAGACGAUGAUCCCAAAAUGGCUGCCACUGGUGUACCUGUGGUGUGCUGGCCCAAGAAGUCUUCCAAGCAGCAGAGACCUCCUAACAGGCCCAAACCCAAAAUGGUGGCCUCGUCUCCUGCGCCUGCGGUCAAGCUGUCGGCCAGCCGGAGCACGUCUGGGGCCCGGAGAAGGAGGACGCGAUGUCGGAAGUGUGAGGCGUGCCUGAGGACAGAGUGUGGAGAAUGCCACUUCUGUAAAGACAUGAAGAAGUUUGGAGGGCCGGGUCGCAUGAAACAGUCCUGCAUCAUGAGGCAGUGUAUCGCGCCUGUCCUGCCCCACACUGCGGUGUGUCUGGUGUGUGGGGAGGCAGGGAAGGAGGACACGGUGGAGGAAGAGGAGGACAAAUUUAACCUCAUGCUCAUGGAGUGCUCCAUCUGCAAUGAGAUAGUCCAUCCCCUCUGCCUAAAGGUGAAGAAUUCUGGUGGAGUUGUAAAUGAAGAGUUGCCAAACUGCUGGGAGUGUCCAAAAUGCAACCAUGCAGGGAAGACCGGGAAAGCUGUCAAGCAAAAAAGAGGACCAGGGUUCAAGUACGCGUCCAACCUUCCCGGGUCGCUGCUGAAGGACUCGCGAUUAAACCGUGAUGUUAAGGAAGAGUCCGACCUGCCCGGGUCGCUACUGAAGGACUCGCGAUUGAACCGUGACGUUAAGGAAGAGUCCGACCUGCCCAGUGUGCCAACAUCACCCACUGCAGUGAAGAGGAAGGCAGAGCGUGAUGACACCCCCAAGAGGAAAGCUGAGGAAUAUCCUCCUCUGAAGAAACGUUCUCCCAUGUUGUUACCUCAUCCCCGACCCAGGCCUGAGGACAACCCUCUGAGGAAGAAGAGGAAGCUGUUCGACAUCAAAGAUGAGGACGAGCCUCCUGUUGUCAAGAAAAAGAAGAAGCCCCCAAAACCUGAUGACAACUUCACCUCCAAGCUGUUACGGCCCAUCAAGCAAGAGAAAGUUGAUGAGGACGAAGACCAUGAAGAUGACAGAUACACAGGGGACAGGGUUGCAGCUAAAGGGAAAAGAGAAGAGGAGGAAGAUAAGGAGGAUGAUGAGGAGGAAGAAGAGGAGAAAGAUGGUGUAGAGGACAGUAAAGACGGUAAAAUAAAGACUAUGCUGAGUCCACUGCUACGGACGUCUGCAGCCAGAGAGAGUGACCAGUCCUGCUCCAGCUCUCCCCGGGCAGGGCCCAGCAGUGAGGGGGGCGAUGCCCCAGACAAGACACUUGGCCAGCUGAAGGCACACCAGCGACGCCGCCUACCCAACAAAGAGCUGAGCAAGGAGCUGAGCAAAGAGCUCAACCUGGAGAUCCAGAAGACCGAGGACUGCUUGGCCAAUCAGAACCGCAGAACACUGAAGGGGGAGAACAGCCCAACCAAUAACAACCGUCGACCACUGAAGACUGAGGACUCCUCUAUCAAUCAGAACCGCAGACCACUAAAAACAGAGGACUCCCCCACCAAUCAUAACCGCAGGCCAAUUAAGACAGAGGAUGGCCUAUCCAAUCACAACCGUCGACCAUUGAAGACAGAGGACUGCUUGGCCAAUCAGAACCACAGGCCAAUGAAGACGGAGCCUGAGAGUGACGGGGAGGAGCCUAAGCCCAAACGGCCACUCGACAACGGCAGCAGUGACCUCGGAGACUGGCUCCACCCCAGGGGGCGGGAGGUGAAUGGGACGCCCCGCCAGCUCUCGCCCCUGGGGUGGAACCGCAGCCCUCCGAUCACACCUAUUUGCCCACGCCCCCCUCCCUGCCACUCACCGCCCAAGUGUGUACAGAUGGAGCGUCACGUGAUCCGGCCGCCUCCCAUCAGCCCCCCACCAGACAGACUUCCCCUGGAUGACGGACAGGCCCACGUGAUGCGCAGGGAGGUGUGGAUGGUCGUGUUCAGCCACCUCGCACACAGAGACCUGUGUGUCUGCAUGCGUGUCUGUAAGACCUGGAACAGAUGGUGCUGUGAUAAGAGACUGUGGACGCAGAUCGAUCUGAACCGCUGUAAGUCAAUCACUCCCCUCAUGCUGAGUGGCAUCAUCCGCAGACAGCCUGUGGCUCUGGACCUCAGCUGGACCAACAUCUCCAAGAAGCAGCUCAGCUGGCUCAUCAACAGACUGCCAGGUCUGCGGAUGCUGCUCCUCUCAGGCUGCUCCUGGGUGGCUGUGUCUGCCCUCUGCACCGCCAGCUGCCCGCUGCUGCGGACCCUGGACGUCCAGUGGGUAGAGGGUCUCAAAGACGCCCAGAUGAGGGAUCUGCUCUCACCCCCCACAGACAACAGACCAGGUCAGCUGGACAACAGGAGUAAGCUGCGAAAUGUGGUGGACCUGCGUCUGGCCGGGCUGGACAUCACGGACACCUCUCUGCGCCUCUUCAUCCGCUACAUGCCCCAGCUGACCAGACUGGACCUGAGCUACUGCAACCACGUCACUGACCAGUCAGUCAACAUCCUGACCGCUGCAGGGACCACCACCAGAGACUCGCUCACUGACAUCAACCUCUCCGUGUGCAACAGAGUCACGGACCAGUCCCUGACUUACUUCAAGCGCUGUGGAAGCAUCUGUCAUAUUGACUUGCGAUACUGCAAGCAGGUGACCAAAGAGGGCUGCGAGCAAUUCAUUGCUGAGAUGUCAGUGAGUGUACAGUUUGAACUAGUAGAGGAGAAACUCCUGCUGAAACUCAGCUAGUGGACAAACAGCAGGUUGACGAAGACUGUACUGUAUGCACUGGCUAGCUAGGAAACUCGUCAGAAUAAGGAACUGGCAAGGGUGAUGUUAUCACCAUGGAGACAGUGUUGUAUUUCACGCACCUCUGUGCAAAAAAACAACGGCAUAAGACAUUUUGAAAGUGACUGUUGCCCUGAUACUCAUUGAAUGGCUCUUGUGCUGCUGAAGCAAGAAUGUUUUCCAAAACAGGAUGUUCAACAUGUAAGGCAGGACACCUGGCUGUACUGGAAAUUUGACAGAGCAUGUUUUGUUUUUUUUCUUCCUUUGUCUUUGCUAAGAUAUUGAAGUAUUUAAUUUUUUCUUUCUGCAAGUGAAUACAUACAUACAUAAAUACAGUGGGGCAAAAAAGUAUUUAGUCAGCCACCAAUUGUGCAAGUUCUCCCACUUAAAAAGAU